UCGAAAAGCUAUUAUUGCACGAAACCAAUUUACCAUCUUCCUCCGAAAACAUAGCGAAUGCUUCGAAAAGGGAGUCUUUUAUUCAAUAAUCAGAAAGGCCCUUUUCAAAUCAAUUACAAUCCGUCUUUCUGAAGAUGGUGCAAUUUGUAGGCACCGUUCGUCUUGCCCCUUCUUUCACCCUUUUCUGCUCUUACGGACUCCAAGUUUAUCGCAACAGCCCUGCAAUAUCAUUUUCUAGACAUGGGUGCUCUCCUUUUAAAAGUUUCUUUCACGCUUGCCUCAGUUCAUCUUCAAGAACAAUUUUUCUUAGAAGAAGAAGAAGACUAGCAGGAAGGAGAGCAGACAGUCCGAUCCUAUGUGGUGGUACUGGAUUACAGUCACCUGUGGGGGAAUCUGAAAUAAUAUUCAUGGGAACGGGAACUAGUGAAGGGAUUCCACGUGUGAGCUGUUUGACGAAUACUCUGAAGACAUGCCCAGUCUGCUCAAAAGCUGUGGAGCAGGGCAAUAAGAACAGGAGACUAAAUACAAGCAUCCUUCUCCGUCAUCCUUCACCCCAAGGAGAAUGUAACAUACUUAUAGAUGCUGGCAAGUUUUUUUACCACAGUGCUCUUCGAUGGUUUCCUUCCUUCGGGAUAAGAACAAUUGAUGCAGUUAUAAUUACUCAUUCUCAUGCUGAUGCAAUUGGAGGACUUGAUGACCUCCGCGAUUGGACAAACAAUGUUCAGCCCUCCAUUCCAAUUUAUGUGGCACGGCGUGAUUUUGAGGUGAUGAAGAAAACUCACUAUUAUUUGGUGGACACAAGUGUUAUUACACCUGGUGCUGCAGUUUCAGAGUUGCAGUUUAAUGUUAUAAAUGAGGAGCCAUUUGUUGUACAUAAUUUAAAGUUUACGCCAUUACCUGUGUGGCAUGGCCGUGGUUAUCGCUCCCUUGGUUUUCGUUUUGGCAAUGUUUGUUAUAUUAGUGAUGUCAGUGAAAUACCUGAAGAAACUUAUCCCCUCCUGAGGGACUGUGAUAUCCUGAUCCUGGAUGCCUUAAGGCCAGAUCGAUCAUCAUCAACUCAUUUUGGACUUCCUAGGGCUUUGGAAGAAGUACGGAAAAUCCAGCCAAGGAGAACACUUUUCACUGGUAUGAUGCAUUUGAUGGAUCAUGAAAAAGUGAAUGAAGAUCUUGCAAAGUUGAUGGAGACGGAGCGCCUCGAUGUACAACUGAGCUAUGAUGGGCUUCAUGUGCCAGUAAUGAUCUAGUCCUUCCAUUUUCAAUAUUUCCUGAUGACCUUCAUUUGUUUAAUUUUGAAUGACAAAAUGCCAAUCGGUUUUUCACGGCACGGCAUUCUGUCAUAUGACUGUUCUUUCUGGAAUUAAUUUUUUGUCCACAUGUGAUUAGUGGGCGUUUAACAUGCAAUGUAAGAGGUUUUAUUGGAAUUAAACUAGGAUGGGUGCCAUCUCCCACCUUCCUUUUAUAUGGUUAUUGGGACUGAAAGGCCACAUGUACUUCAACAAAUGCUAUUGGUACUUGGUAAAAUGUUUAAUCACAAAUGCUGUAGUGAAAGUUUUCUUA